ACUGACACCAUUAAACAGGAUAUAUCAACGCUUCAAAAUGCCGGGAGCCCUGAUGAAGAGCUGAAUCCUGAAGACCCUAUCGUGAUAAACUUAGCGAAUAUGGCGCCACGUAAUCCUGACCUUCGAAAGAUGGUGCAACAAGUCGCACAUAGAGAAGUAAAGGACCGAUAUAUCCAACGGAUGAUUGAUAAAGUACUUGAUGAAGUACCAGAGGAUUCAGAAUUUCGUGAGCGAGUUGGUCAGCAAGGUGAUUCGGCCAUCAACGAUGUGCAGUCGCCAGACUCGAGCAUACCACUUUCAGACACUGGAGCAAAUUCCGACGCUGGAUCUCUUGCCUCAAGGCUCACAUGGAUUAAUGGGCCCUACAACCCCAAUCAUUCAUGGUUUCCAGCUAAGAACACGAGGACCACAGACAGUGGUAACACGUUGAAGGUUGGGGAACUGGAAGAAAGUUACUCGCAGCUCCUGCCGCCUCCGGCGAAGCAGGAAGCCCCACUUACCGAUUCAGGAUAUGCAUCUAGGAUCAACGUUGAAAAUCUGCCGCGAAUGGAACUGACAGGUGCUGAUACAUCCGGCAAUGAAAGAGAUGAUUCGAACGCAAGAACCGCCUAUUCGGGAGAUAGUACUGUUGCAAUAGACCAAGCGCAGCAGUACAUUUUCGAGUUGUCCAACACUAUACACAGCAAUCUCGGCGGAAACGUUGACGCAGACAACUGGAGGCUACUGUCCGAGCGAGUAUUGGGUCUCAUCAAGGACUUCGCCAUCAAAAUUGGCCUUGAAUCUUCGGCUCAGGUGAACCGAGAUAUCAUGCACUUCAUACACAAACGUAGCCGUGACAUCGCGACGCGACUUGACUCAAUGAUCCUCAGUGUCGACGCUUCAGCAGAGGAUGCUGACGAGAUUGUCGAGGCCAGGAGAGACCACAUGCUCCUAAGUGAUAAGAUGGCUUUGUGGAUCAGCAAGGCCACGGGGACAGAGACCUCUGUCAAUGAUGAUGAGCUUUUCGUGGGGGUUACAGAUGUGGAAGCGACCAUCGACGCUCCGGCAUUAUUCGAGUACAACAAGACCGUUACAGAGAGCGAUUCAUUCAAGUGGCUAAUCGAAAGCCUGCGAAGAGAAUUGACACUCAAGCGAGAUUUCGAUGAAUCGGAAGGUUGUAAUCGUCGUGAAAUGAUACGGCGCAAGGUCAUAGAGAGCCUCCCAACUGGAAAGAUUAGCAAAAACCGGCCACCAACCACCCACUCUGUAACAUUUCGAGUGCCGGGAUGGGCACUCUUUCGCAGUUCUGAAGAGUACACAUACGGCCGGGAAUGGUCCGUACCCAAUGCCGUGGUUGUAACACAUUGCUCAGGGGAUGCCCAGGCAUCAAUGAUUGUGGAUUACAUGGAGCAGACGUGGCCUUCGACAUGGCUAACGAUCUUCAACUUGUUGCGGACAGUGUCUCGCAGUUCCGACGGCAUUGUUUACGCAGAUAUCUUGCAUGACCAGACUCAAAUAUCAGUAUCGUCUGAGCACGGUAUCCUCACGAUGAGUCUUGAUGGUCCUGCUCACACCAUUGCAGAGUGUGGUGAGCAGCUUGCCUGGUUACGGGCCUCAUGGGGAAACCCACCUCCUCAACAUGGUAUGAGCAAUACCGUCCAGCGAAUACCCUUCAUCAUGAAAAUGGCUACACUACAUGGGCGUUUAUGGUUCGAUAUCGGAGUCCAAAACCCUAUUCCUGACGAGUUUGCACUGUUGGAGCAGUCUCGAUGGACAGACCUACUAGGAAACGAUGAGGUUGUUGUGGUUCCAGGGUACCCUAUCUUGCGCCGACCUAAUUCUUUCAACGGUAUCGAGGUCUCUCCUCGCUAUCUCAUAGAGUCACUGGGACCAGUGUCUAGAUAUUCUUUCACAGCCGGGUUGGUGUUGGAUGGUUUACAGAGAAGGCUUUUACUUAUGAAGCAUGUCCAAAAUGUGUAUCUUUGGCAUGAGACCCAAAGUGCCGAGAGACCUUUUUGCCAUUGCUCGACCCCAGGCAAUCAGGACAAAGGUACAUGCAGCGGAAGAACUAUCGACUUAGAGGAGAUCCUGAGAGGCCGUCAUAUCAUUGGACAAUGCCAAGGGCUCUGUCUGGACGAAGAUGACUCCGUGCCAACUUUAGGGAAGGAAUCUAGUUCCAUCGGCAACGACAGUCCAUAUCACAGCGUCUCUAGCUCAUCGGUAAUGGGGGCAUAUGGAGCCGAGUCCCCGAAGAGCACAGCAUCGUCGGAGAAGGUCACAGUAGAAAAUGGGGACAUGAAUAAUGUCUCCAGCUUUUCAUGGGACGAUGACGCCAUUUCUUGGGCUUUGUGCCAAAAUCCAAACGGGAAUCGUGCGAAUUCUUCGGAAGAACUUGAACCCCUAGCAGAUGAUGAUCCGAUACGUGCAGUCGUGGAAACCGUGGUUUUCCGCCUCGUUGCAGGUUUUCGAUAUGUAGCUGGCGGAGAAGUCCCAUCUUGUGGCAAUGGACAAGAUCACGGAACAGUUUCUUCGUCGUCUACUAGUGGCAUUGCUGCGUCUUCAAGACCUGCAGGAAAAGGUCGAAAGAGAAAACAAGUUCAAGAUGACAACUCAGACUCGGAAGAGGACGCGACCCAUUCAAGACCUUCAAAAAGGUCCAGGAAAACGCAACAGCAUAUCAAACUUCUGGCCUGUCCAUUUGGGAAGAUGAGCCCCAGCAAAUAUUCCGCUUGCUCACGGUUCCAGCUCAAACGAAUCCGGGACGUCAAGCAGCAUCUGAAGAGGAAGCAUACCCCCGAUGAUUAUUGCAACCGCUGCCUGAGCAUCUUUGAUGACGAAGAAAGCCUCACGCAGCACGUGUCGCAACCAGACGGGUUCGGGUGCCAGCUCGCGCCUGAGGGGAGAACGCUAGAUGGAAUUACCCAUCGACAAAGCCGCGACCUCUCUCGAAAGGUAAACGCUGAGUUGUCGGAAGAGCAGCAGUGGUUCGCAGUCUGGGAUACUGUUUUCCCCCGGAAGCCACGCCCUGACUCCGCGUAUUUAGAUUCCGCGUUUGCCACGCAGGUUUGUCUCUUUCGGGAGCAUUGCGCGCGACACGCAGAGCCGCUCCUUGCCCAAAACCUCCGUGCUGCUGGAUUGUUAGACGAACGCAGGGUGGCCGCAGACCAAGAGCGGCUUUUAAGAAGGGUCAUUUCAGAGUCUUUGGAUUCUAUCUGCGAUACUUUCAGCACGAAUACCUCUUCUGAUUCAGGAAUCGGUCGAAGCCGCAACUCAACACGCAAUGAGACCCCCACUGCGUCAUUGGUGGACAGCGGGAUUGGGAUAGGGAGUCAGUUUCAAACAAGAACAGAUUCAUUUGCAAUUGCAUCCAACCCACAGCAAAACAUCCGACUAGGACCUACGGAUGUUCCACCGGAUCUUCAAACACUGGAGUCAGAGGGGGUGGCAAUGCUUGGAUUGCAAGCUUUUACCGGUUUGCAUCAAUCGGGAUCUUUGGUACAGUCCUCUACAGCGGAGUUUUCUAUGGAUCACGAUCUACCAAGCGUGGAACAUAGGCUGGAUGAACUUGGAAUGUUUGACCUUAACUUGUCAGCUGAUUUGCCCCCCCUAGAACUUUCCUCGUGGACCUUCCCACAGACAGAACUUAUCCCACACGAGGAGGGUGCUGAAAACGCUGUAUAA